GAACAAGAAACUCAUAUUGAGAAUAACCGUGAAUCAGAAUUUUCAGAAUCUGAUAAAAAACUUUUAAACACUUUUCAUAAAAUAAUGGCGAAAACUAGAAAUAAGUAUUGCCCAACUUGUGAAAAAUAUUUUCUCUCUAUAAUUCUCUAUCAAG